CACAUUAACCCACAGCUUGAUUUUCCCAGUUUCUCCUUCGCCUGCUCGGCAGCACUUGCUUUCUCCUUCGCUGCCAGCCUUGCGAGUAGAGGUCCUCUGCACGUGGUGGCAUUUGUGCCGGCAGUGGCCACCCAAGUUUUCUCGGGUCCAGCAGCCGCUUCUGCUUGCUGCAAAGCACGGCAUGAUUGUGGAGACGGUCCUCUUCCAGUCUAGCAGCUAUGGCAAAGAGGGCAAGCUGCUCUGCUGCCUUGGCGAGGGAGCCUCUGAGCCUGGCGUGAGUUUCACAGAGGCUCUGCACCGCCCCUACGGUUGCGAUGUUGAACCCCAGGCACUGAAUGAAGCCAUCAGAUGGAGCUCCAAGGAGAACCUGCUUGGAGCCACCGAGAGCGAUCCCAAUCUCUUUGUUGCACUUUACGAUUUUGUAGCAAGUGGUGACAACACACUCAGCAUCACCAAAGGUGAGAAGUUGCGAGUCCUGGGUUAUAACCAGAAUGGUGAAUGGAGUGAAGUACGUUCAAAGAAUGGGCAGGGCUGGGUACCAAGCAACUACAUCACACCAGUGAACAGCCUGGAAAAGCAUUCAUGGUACCAUGGGCCAGUGUCACGGAGUGCAGCCGAGUACCUGCUAAGCAGUCUCAUCAACGGCAGCUUCCUGGUUCGUGAAAGCGAGAGCAGCCCAGGGCAGUUAUCCAUCUCGCUCAGGUACGAAGGACGUGUUUACCACUACAGGAUCAAUACCACCUCAGAUGGAAAGGUGUAUGUGACAGCAGAAAGCCGUUUCAGCACACUGGCAGAGCUAGUGCACCAUCACUCAACAGUAGCAGAUGGACUGGUGACAACUUUGCAUUACCCGGCACCCAAGUGCAAUAAGCCCACUGUCUAUGGAGUGUCUCCCAUCCACGACAAGUGGGAGAUGGAGCGGACUGAUAUCACCAUGAAGCACAAACUUGGGGGAGGGCAGUAUGGGGAGGUGUACGUCGGUGUCUGGAAGAAAUACAAUCUCACGGUCGCUGUGAAAACAUUAAAGGAAGAUACCAUGGAGGUGGAAGAGUUUUUGAAAGAAGCUGCUGUGAUGAAGGAGAUCAAGCACCCAAAUCUAGUGCAGUUGUUAGGUGUAUGUACCCUGGAGCCACCCUUUUACAUUGUGACAGAAUACAUGCCCUAUGGGAACCUGCUGGACUAUUUACGGGAGUGCAACCGGGAGGAAGUGACUGCUGUCGUGCUACUCUACAUGGCCACCCAGAUCUCCUCUGCAAUGGAGUACCUGGAGAAGAAGAACUUCAUUCACAGGGACCUGGCAGCACGCAACUGCUUAGUUGGAGAAAAUCAUGUUGUGAAGGUGGCUGACUUUGGCUUAAGUCGACUUAUGACUGGAGAUACCUACACAGCUCAUGCUGGGGCCAAGUUCCCCAUCAAAUGGACUGCUCCAGAGAGCCUGGCCUAUAACACCUUUUCAAUCAAAUCAGAUGUGUGGGCCUUUGGGGUGCUGUUAUGGGAAAUUGCUACCUAUGGGAUGUCACCCUACCCAGGCAUUGACCUCUCUCAGGUGUAUGAUCUGCUGGAAAAGGGCUAUCGGAUGGAACAACCUGAGGGGUGCCCUCCAAAGGUCUAUGAACUGAUGAGAGCAUGUUGGAAGUGGAACCCACCAGACCGACCUUCCUUUGCCGAGACCCAUCAGGCCUUUGAAACCAUGUUCCAUGACUCAAGCAUCUCAGAGGAGGUAGCAGAGGAGCUUGGAAGAACAGCUUCCUCCUCAUCCAUUGUUCCUUACUUGCCCCGGUUACCUAUGCUUCCCUCCAAGAUGAGAACACUGAAGAAACAGGCAGAGAACAAGGAGAAUAUUGAAGGAACACAGGAUACUGCGGAGCACUCGGCUUCCAGCUCAGCACCAGGUUUUAUCAGAAGCACACAGCCAACCAGUGGGUCUCCCGCACUGCCUCGCAAGCAGAGGGACAAGUCACCCAGCAGCCUGCUGGAGGAUGCCAAAGAGACCACUUUCACCAGGGACAGAAAAGGUGGCUUCUUCAGCUCCUUUAUGAAGAAGAGGAAUGCUCCCACGCCUCCCAAGCGCAGCAGUUCCUUCCGGGAGAUGGAGAAUCAGCCCCAUAAGAAAUACGAGCUGACCGGUAACUUUUCCUCUGUUGCUUCUUUGCAGCAUGUGGAUGGGUUCUCUUUUGCUCACACACAGCAGGACACAAGCCUGGCGCCGCCCAAGUGCUAUGGUGGGGCCUUUGUGCAGAGGACCUUCUACAACGACGAUGGCAUUGGUACCAGCAGUGGCGGGGGCGUAAGCACUGGUGGUGGGUGGUCGGGCAUCACUGGUUUCUUUACACCACGCUUGAUUAAAAAGACGCUGGGUUUACGACCAGGAAAAUCCACUGGUAACGAAGAAGCUUCAAAACCUUUUCCAAGGUCAAACUCUACAUCUUCCAUGUCCUCAGGGCUUCCAGAGCAAGAUAGGAUGGCAAUGACCCUUCCCCGAAAUUCCCAGAGGUCAAAAAUUCAGCUGGAACGGACAGUGUCCACCUCCUCUCAGCCUGAUGAGAUCACGGGGAGGGCCAAUGACCUGCUUCCAAAAAGGUUUGAAGAAGGCCCUACUUUGACCAGAGAGAGACCAAAAGCAAAACUCUUGCCGAGGGGUGCCACAGCACUCCCUUUCCGAACCCCCUCUGCACUGGAAGAAAAGGAGGGUCCAGGCCUAGCAGCAGCUGCUAAGGGCAAAGAAAAAAACAGUGGCCCAUGGCAAGGGGCCCUUGAGGAUGGUGAGAGACCAGGGUGGUCAUCUCCGGUGAAGGCUGCAGCAAUACUUCCAACCACUCAUAACCACAAAGUGCCAGUCCUAAUCUCACCCACUCUAAAACACACUCCAGCAGACGUGCAGCUCAUUGGCACAGACUCUCAGGGUAAUAAAUUUAAGCUCUUAUCUGAGCAUCAGGUCACUUCUUCCGGCGACAGGGACCGGCCCAGACGGGUAAAACCAAAGUGUGCUCCACCUCCACCACCAGUGAUGAAGCUCCUACAACAGCCAGCUGCCUGCUCAGAUGCAGCAGAAGAGCUGAGCAACGUGGCGGGAUCGCAGCACGGACUGGAAUCAAGCGAAGGGAGUAAGAAGGCAGCAGCACCUGUUGGUGGAAAAUCUGGGAGGCCAGUGGUGCCUCCACCUCAAGUGCCUCUGUCAUCGUCUUCCACUUCCCCAGUGAAAAUGGCCAAUGGCACGGCUGGCACGAAGGUAGCGCUAAGAAAGACCAAACAGGCAGCUGAGAAAAUCUCCGCAGACAAAAUCAGCAAGGAAGCCCUGUUGGAGUGCGCAGAUCUUCUCUCAAGUGCCAUCACCGAGCCGACACCAAACAGCCAGCUGGUGGACACAGGGCACCAGCUGUUGGAUUACUGCUCAGGCUAUGUGGACUGCAUCCCGCAUACACGCAACAAAUUUGCCUUCCGGGAAGCCGUGAGCAAACUGGAACUCAGCCUGCAGGAACUGCAGGUGUCUUCAGCAGCUGCUAGUGUUCCUGGGGCAAACCCCGUCCUUAAUAACUUAUUGUCAUGCGUCCAAGAAAUCAGCGAUGUGGUGCAAAGGUAGCUACUGUCAAUUGGGGUAAGAGAAAUACACACGGCGCGGGGGGGGGGGGGGCACUUUUUUCUGUACUGAUGCUUUCAAAAGGAAAGACUGAUACUUGAGUAUUGUGAAGUACCUCAGAUCACUGAGUUCUCCUCACGUUUACAGGUUCAUCUCAAAGAAUGGGGAUGGAGAGGGUAGGUUGAAGCUGUAAAGGACGGAACAUCAAGUAUUUGUCCCUACUUAGUCAGUCUGAUCUGCUUGGUAUGGCAAGGGAAGGAAGUUCCUUGCUUCUCCCUUGGAGAGGCAGAAGAAUCGAUGGCAGGUUCUCGCUCUGGGAAGGGUGGUUUAAUGUUUGAUAGCUGGAGUACUGGAGUGGCUGCAGACCGCUCAACUGUACAGAUCCUUCCCAUCUGCACUAACACAUGCUUAGGUCUCCUGACAAGGCAAAGGAAAGGCACUGGGGCUCCGUUGGUACCUACUGCUGAGCAGUCCGAGCUGAAGCAACUCUGAAGGGGGAGGUCGUGUGUGGUUGAGGGAAAGGUCUAAUGCACUGACAGUAUUCGGAGCUGCUGGAGGUGGAUGCACUAGCCCAGAUGGCUUACUUCCACAGCGCUGCUGCUGAUGAAAUGAGAACUGCAAAAUUAGUUAAUAUAUGAAGCUAUCCCUUUUCACUCCCGUCCACCUCAUCCAUCACACGUUCUCAUCUUUGUUGUAUUGGAAGCGUCAGGGAUGCUGGGCAGACUUACCACUGGACUACCCUGUCCCCGCCACACAGCCUUCACUCAGUUGAUACCUAUUUCUAGUGGUCUAGCACAGGUGCUGCUUGAUGGUCUUUUGUGAGUAGUUUGGGGCUCUUGCACAACUUGCCAGUGUUGUUAUUGGGUGGGUGGGUUGUUUUGGCUUUUUUUUUAAGCUCUAGAUUGUUUUUAACUUGUUACCAGGUUGACUCCCCAAUUCACUUUCACCACCUUGAAGACCCAUGGUAGGGAAGGCAGAGCUUCUGCUGCCCUUCGCCGUUCGUUCUCCAAAUUCCUUUGGCAGUCACAGCUCAGCGGGGGCAGCUGGAGAGCCAGAGAGUGCAGCCUUGCCUGCCUGCCCCACGCCCUCACUGCUGCAGGAUUCCCUGGACCAGUCCCUACUGUUGGUGUAACGCUAACACUUCAUACCGAUAGCUUCCUGGGCCACCUUACAGUGCUUACUGGUCUCACAGGCUUUCAGCUUCCCUGCAUAUGAAGGUGACUGGGUACGUCAGCACAUGGGGGAAUCACAGCUGUAGUUGGGGGGUAUUUAUUCCUGUAUUUUUAAGGCUAGGCCAGAAUCUCACGUGGUGGCACAGGGAACAUGCACAUAAACUGUGCACUCCUCCGCCUGAGAUGUGACAACAAAUGUUACGGCUCCGCCUCAAAGAGCUCCCACUAGGUUACGGUCUCUGAUGCCUACUGCCAAUGCUGGAAUGACAGCAGUCAUGUCGUUGUGGCCGUCUUCCUUGGUCCUAGUGCUGUUUGUAGACUGUCGUGGCCUCAAAAAGCUGGACUUCUGCAUAUACGCAGAACUCCUUGAGAUGUAAACGUAUUGGCAAGUAGGAAGACCUCAACUAACUGUUGGCUUGAGAGAGAAAGAAAUCAGGCCUGAUACCUGGCUCCAAAUACGUUACUCUGCAUGCUGCUCACUUCACACCAUUAGUGAUGGUAGAGGACCUGGCUUGCUUUGCACCUUAAAUCUUUGAUUUUUAGCUAAAACACUUUUUCAACUUGUUUUUAACAAGUGUGACUGUGCUGCUUUUAGUUUGAGCGUUUAGCGUUGAGCUGGGGCACAGAUGUGAUUUUUAGGAGAGGGGCACUUCCAUGUCUGUCUAGAACCAUUGCCCGCUGGUGCUUGGGAGUAGGUUGGGCUGUCUCGGUGCACGUCCCUGUCUUUUUUUAUGAACAUAGCGAGACGGUAGCCUGAAAUAUCUUCAGAAAUGGGUUGGCGUGUGGUAAAGAAGGUUGUGUCACGAUGCAUGAAUACUCACCCAGGGAGCAGAAUGUGAUGUAAAUUUGGCCAUGUGAGCUACACUGUCCAAGUAAAUGAGAUGGCGAAGAAAAAAAAGCAACCCCUCCACUCCAAGUGAGAGGCAGUAAAGUGAAUUAAUUAUCCCUACAAGUUGGUUUUACUCCAGUGAGCUGGUUCCUAAGUGGAGGCAAAUGAAAGUACAACACAGGUAACUUAUCCUGAGUAACAUGCUUUUUAAAAGCAGUGCUCAGCUGUGAGGCAGAAUAUCAAACCGUUAUCUUGUAGACUUUGCUGAGGGCUUUGGUGAUUUACCUUAUCUCUUUCAGUCAUCUUU